CAAAAGAAUACAAAUGUGGAAACUGUUGCUUAACGCCACCUCUCAAUGCCCUUUAUCACCAUACGUUUCAGUUUCUUAUUAAUUACUUCAAAAUUCCUCUCCCACAUUUUUUAUUUCUCUCCUCCUCUCUUCUAACCUUCCACGUACCCUAAAUUACAAUAAUUAAUGGACUCGUGUGCAGACAACACUAACCAUCAUCGUACUUCCACAGACGACGAUCUUACGCCGUCGUCAUCGUCAUCAACGGCGGUGGCUGUGGCGGUGCAAAGGGCGCUGAGAUUGAUAGAAGCGGCGGAGAUAGAGGGGAAAAUAGAAGGUGCUAAAUUAAUAAGAAAGCUCACGAAAACUUCGCAAAGAUGUCGGCGGCAAUUAUGUGAAGCAGUUCCUCAUCUUGUUUCUAUGUUGUCUGUUGUUCAGUGUUAUGAUGCUCACGAGUCGGCUCUGCUUGCGCUUCUUAAUCUUGCUGUUCAAGAUGAAAAGAAUAAGAUAAGCAUUGUUGAAGCUGGAGCUUUAAAGCCAAUAAUCAGCUUCCUUCAGUCGGAGGAUUCAAAUUUACAAGAGUAUGCAACGGCAGCUUUGCUCACAUUAUCUGCUUCUUUGACGAACAAGCCAAUUAUAAGCGCUUCUGGUGCGAUUCCUCUACUUAUAGAAAUCCUUAGCGACGGAAGUUCACAGGCCAAGUUUGAUGCUGUUAUGGCACUUUCUAAUCUUUCAACACAUCCAGAUAAUCUGAGCAUUGUGCUUGAAAAUGACCCGAUUCCUCAUCUAGUUUAUUUACUCAAGACCUGUAAAAAAUCGUCGAAAAUGGCCGAAAAAUGCUGCGGUCUCAUAGAAUCUUUGGUUAGUUUCGAUGAGGGUAGAACAGCAUUGACAUCUGAAGAAGGCGGAGUUCUUGCUGUUAUCGAAGUACUAGAAAAUGGAUCUAUUCAGAGUCGAGAACAUGCAGUCGGGGCUUUACUGACAAUGUGCCAAACCGACCGAUGUAAAUACCGAGAACCAAUUCUUCGAGAAGGUGUGAUUCCAGGACUUCUCGAGCUUACUGUACAAGGAACACCCAAGUCUCAGAAAAAAGCUCACACCUUACUGCAGUUACUGAGGGAAACUCCGUAUCCACGGUCCGAGUUUCAAGCUGACACACUAGAGAAUAUUGUGUGCAACAUUAUUUCACAGAUAGAUGGAGAUGAUCAAUCCGGUAAGGCGAAGAAAAUGCUAGCGGAAAUGGUGCAAGUUAGCAUGGAACAGAGUUUGAGACAUUUACAGCAAAGGGCUGCUAUGGUAUGCACCCCAACUGAUCUGCCUAUUAGUAAGUGUACUUCUGAACUUUUCUUGAAAUGAUUUUUUGAGGUAUCAGAAGUUUUUCCUUCUGUGUUUUUCGGUUUCGCAUGUCGGUUUUGUGAGAUAAGACUUCCUUGUAAAGAAAAAGGUAUAGUGAAGAAGAUGCUAGUCCAGGCCCUAGUGUUGGUAUCUGGUGACUGGUAAUCUGGAUGAUGUAUGAAUUGGAAAUCAUAGUUUUGUAGUUUGAUUUAAAAAAAACAUUGGCUUGUAAUUAAAGAAACUUUUGAAAUUUGAAACAAUUGAAUAUCUUAGAAUUUCAAAUUGGCACGUAA